AUGGAUUGGAGCAAACGAUUGCGGCCCGGCUCCGACGGCGCUCCCCCUGUGUCUGCCGGCGGUGCCAUCGCUUGCUGCUCGCCAGUGCUCAGCAGCAGCGCGGCUGCUCCGCCGUCGGUCGUGACCUUUGGCGGUGCUAGCAUAGCGGUGCCUGCACCUUCAGUGCGACAGUACUCGGUCGACACUCGCGCGUCUACGCCGCUGCUGAGCGCGGCGGAGGCCACGAGAAUUGACAGCGAAGACGCCGACUUCCUGCUGUCGCCGAGCGCCACCCCCGCGGUCGGCGCUCCAGCAAGCGUGCCGCAGCUGGGGGAGCCUCGGCUGCGCUCCUCCGUCUCGCGC